AUGAUAUCAAAAAUUCCACGCUUACCAUCUAUAACUAUAGAAAACAAGGUUGAACCUUUGUCAUGUCUGAACCAUUAUCAGCAGAUAAAUCGGCGUCACUCUGGUCGAAGAAAGCAUGAAGAUGUUUUCAGAUCUUCCAAAAUGGAUGGGCAAAUGUCGCAGGAAUCCAGCCUGAAGAAAUCCAAGCAUGAUAAACUUUCAUUCUCUACAAAUCGGGUUACUUCUCCUGUACAUUUGAGCCCAUUACAAUCUACACAGGUGCAACCUGUCCCUGUUUUUUCUCCAGAGCCUCCAGAAGGAAGACCCCGACGUCAGUGUGACCGGGGUGUCAUGCGAAUCCGAAUGAAUGAUGAAACAGAAUUUUUACCUUUGGAUCAAUGGGAACAAGAAUAUGAAUAUUUUAUGAUGAUAAGAAAAAUUCCUGUUUUUGCAAAUUUUUGGAAAUGGAAAGCCUUCACAGUCUGGAGAGUAAAUGUCCGUUCCAAGAAAACCAAAGCAUCGUUACGUCCAGCUCUUCUAAAUGUCCGAGAGAUGUGUCACAGGAUAAGUGACAUGAGUUUAUGCAAGGUCGAGCGGAACCAUACCUACUCCUUAGAAGAGUUUAGUGGACUUCAAUUCAACCAGUUACAAGAGGUUGCUGGGAAGCUGACUACAUUCCGAGAUCUUGUGACAGAAGUUGUCCGAACAGCUUGUCGUACAGCACUACUUGAGGCGGGGUUCACCCCAGAUGACUAUUAUUUUGAUAGUCUGGACAAAAAAGAAAAUGAGCUGAUGACAGAUGGCUGUGUGACCUCUGGACUGGAGUAUGACUAUGACAUAUUAGUAGAAGCACCAGAGAAGAUGACUUAUACAGAACAGGCCAACAAGCGGGCACAUUGCAGAAGAUUAGCAUGUUUUAUCCAUUUGGCUGAUUAUUUGAUUGUAAACACCAUGCAUACAUUGGCUGUCAAUUCUGUUGGCAAUACUCAAGCAUUACCAGCAAAAAAUAUACCUUCACUGUUGGAUGAGGAAGAAAUGAUGACUGCCAAAAAACACGUGCCUCUGUUUCUCACAGAAUUUAUUCUUGAGCCAAGUCAAAUCAUCUUUCAGCCUGACUUGAGUGCCUUCCAAGAAAACAUCAAUGAAGUCAUUCGGCAGUUUCAAGACACCGUUCUUGGAGUCGAAAAUCUCAUUCCAGACAGUUAUUUUGAUGCCUUCACUAAACCGAUCAUUAAUGGUAAAUUUGAAGAAAAGUCUUGUGGAGAUGGUCCAAGUUUGGCUACAAUGUUUGAAGAUGACAAACAUUUGCAAGGCCUGGUGGCUGAAAUCCAGGAGGCACUUUUGUCUGCUUUUAAUGCCGCUAACCAAUAUGCAAUGGAUGUAAGAUUCUUUUCAAAAUCCUUGGAAUGUUACCAUAAACAGCAUAAAAUGUCUCUUGGGAUCCCAGAACAAUGCAAUCUUGGUUUGCUUCUGAUCGAUGCUGUUAAAAUGAAAGGAUUGUUAAUUCCGUCUCCAAUAAGGUGCUUGAAUGCAAUUAAUGAGUUGUUACCAGUUCUAGCCAGGAGGGAAGUUGAUCGUUUGAUCACAGAAUUACAAGAUGGACAAUUCCAGCUGGAGUUUGAACCUACAAGUACAGAAGAAUAUGUCAAGAGUCUCACAUUCCUAGACAAGAUUCAAGAUCGUAUUGAACCUUUGGAAAGUGAGUCAAAUGUUGUUCGACAUAUGUAUGAUUUAAUUGAAUAUUAUGGAGUACCAACCCCACCAGAAGAUAUUGCAGUCUUUCAAACUCUGGACUCCUCAAUCAACAAUGUCCGGAAUGCUAUUGACAAAGCCUUGGCAGACAGAGACUGCAAUUUGAAUAAAUUCUGUGCCCAUGUUGACCAAGAUAUUGCUGAACUGAAUAAGGAAGUCAAAGAAGUUAAAGAAGCUGCCAUGGACCGUGCUAUACUCGAGGUUGAAUCUGACAAAGAGAAAGUAAAAGCAACAUUAAGCAAACUUCUUGGAAAAAUGAAUGAACUGACCAAAAAGGCCUUCAAAUUUAAAUCCUAUCAAAAGAAUUUUAAGGUUGAAAUUACCAAAUUUGAAGAACUUGAAGAAUCACGUGAUGAAUGGGCUGCUUAUGUUGAAACUUGGAUAGUGGCUGAAUUUGAGUCUUUGGAUUCUGAGGUGCUUAACAAUACUACGAUGCGAUACAUAAAAACGGUGACAAUGCUGGAGAAAGGGUUGCCUCCAAAUUCUGUGCUACCAAAACUGAAAGCUGAUGUUGAGAAUAUCCGGGAAAAGCUUCACACAAUCACAGAUCUAAGGAACAACACUCUGAAACCUCGUCACUGGGAGAAGAUUGAAAACAUCCUGGAUUACAAGUUUGUACCCGAGGAUCCACUGACCCUUGGCAAACUGAUGGAAAUGAAAGCUUUUCAGAAAGCUGAGGAGAUUGAAGAAAUAUCUGGCCAAGCCAGUGCUGAGUACAGUCUGGAACUCAUACUAAAAAAGGUUGAAGAAUCAUGGAAAACCGUAGAGUUCAUUGUUUUGCAGCACAAAGACAACAAAGAUACAUACAUUCUUGGUGGCACUGAUGACAUUCAGCAACUGUGGGAUGACAGCAACAUAAACAUUGCAACACUGAUCAAUAUUCAACGCCAAUUGCCAUCGGAGGAUCGCAUGUUCCGGCAAGUAGAUAAAUCCUAUAAAGACAUCAUGAGAAAAGUUCAAAAAGUUCCUCUAGCUAUGAGAGCUGCAACUCAACCAGGCCUUUUGGAAGCGUUUCAAGUGAACAAUUCUUUGCUUGAUGCCAUACACAAAUGUCUGGAGGCUUAUUUAGAAUCAAAGAGAAUUGUAUUCUCCAGAUUUUAUUUCUUGUCCAAUGAUGAAUUAUUGGAAAUUUUGGCUCAGACCCGAAAUGCUCAAGCAGUUCAACCACAUUUACGCAAAUGUUUUGAUGCAAUUGCAAAAUUAGAGUUUGGACAAAUCAGCAUACCACCAAGUCCAGAAAAAAUGGCAGAAUUAGGUGAUGAAGCCCAGUCCGAAAUCCAGUUCACCAAUGACAUACUUGCAAUGAUCUCCCCUGAAGGAGAAAGAAUAGGACUUGGAAAAGGUUUGAAGGCAAGAGGCAAUGUUGAAGAAUGGCUUGGCAAAGUUGAAGAGUCGAUGUUUCAGAAUAUCCGUCGAUUGAUAAAAUCAGCAAUUACUGAUUACAACCAGAGAUCUCGGGAAGAAUGGGUUGUUAGUCAUGGACAUCAGGUAGUCUUAACUGUCUCACAGACUAUGUGGUGUCGGGAUGUGACAGACAUUUUAGAAAGGAAUAAAAAUGUCUUGGAAGGAAUGAAAAUAUUUGAAGACAAGUGUUUUAAGAAUUUGAAUAAACUUGCAGCAAUUGUCAGGGGAGACCUGGAGUUACUGAGCCGCUCUAUUUUGUGUGCCUUAAUCACCAUCGAUGUGCAUGCAAGAGACAUCAUAACUGAUUUGGUGGAAAAACAGAUUGUGAAUGUAAAGAGCUUUGAGUGGCAAAAGCAGCUGCGUUAUUAUUGGGACUUGGAACAAGACAAUUGUGUCGUCCGCAUGUCCAAUUCCAAAUACACUUAUGGCUAUGAAUACCUUGGUGCUUCAUCUCGGCUUGUCAUCACACCACUUACGGACCGCUGCUAUUUGUGUCUGAUGGGUGCCUUGCAACUUGACCUUGGAGGGGCACCAGCAGGACCCGCAGGAACUGGGAAAACGGAAACGACUAAAGAUUUGGCAAAAUCAUUAGCCAAACAAUGUGUUGUCUUCAAUUGUUCUGAUGGACUUGAUUACAAGAUGAUGGGUCGUUUCUUCUCUGGAUUGGCACAAUCAGGUGCCUGGUGUUGCUUUGAUGAAUUUAAUCGCAUUGAUAUUGAAGUGUUAUCUGUCAUUGCCCAGCAACUAAUCACAAUUCGAAAUGCCAAAUCUGCCAAAGUGUCCAGAUUCAUGUUUGAAGGGCGUGAAAUUCGGCUGACCCCAUCUUGUGCUGCUUUUAUUACCAUGAACCCCGGAUAUGCUGGACGGACAGAAUUACCAGACAACCUAAAGGCCCUGUUCAGACCCAUUUCCAUGAUGGUACCUGAUUACCGUCACCGUGAAAAUACAUAG